AUGUGUGGUUCAACGCCAAAAUACUACAGUGUAACAGACGCCUUCCAAAUCCUUACAAACUGGAUAUUUCCAACCUUAGCACUCAUGAGCCAGCUUCCCUACGAGUCUCUUUCUUAUAGGAAGAUCAAGAACGCCGAGGCUUUCGCCAACUGGAUAGGCGCGCCAGCCGCUGCAUUGACAACUACAAUGUGGAACAUCAUGAUGAUCGCGAGGUGUCAGUCUUACCCUUACCUGUUCCAUCUGCGGGACGAUCAGGACCUGAUCAAGGAUGCGCUGUACAUCCUGAGCUGCAUCAACCAAUACCAAUACCCGCGUCGACAGGGACAGCAAGCCCAGGACCGACGCAGAGACACUGCCUUACUCAGGGGUAUCCUAUUCCACUACGUCAAGAAGAACAGCCCUGAGCUCUCUCAGCCCAUGCGCCAGAGACUCGUGCAUCUCACCAAACACCUCGCCUUCCACUUAAGGCAAUACAGACGCAAGGGCGUUUAUCCGAUAUACAUCAGCAUAAUCUGGUUCGGCAUCGCCUUCGCCUUCUCAAUCGUGAUUGCAUUCGCAACACUGGGCGACAACUCGACGGCUCACUCACUCGCGCUGGGGCUGCUCCUCUCCUGGGUCCCGGUGGUGGUCUUCGCCUCUGUGGUCGACCGGAACCCGACCUCCGACACUCGCUGCCGAGUACUGAUUGAGCGCUGGAUGUUCAACAUCGACCUCCUCUUCGAGCAGGGCGUGGAGGCCUGGGUCCCCUGGCGAGCUCCGGACGGCAUGCACGACGGGGACGACACGGAUGACUUCGAGAUUGGGGACUUUAUGGGCCAGGGCCGUACACUGCGGUACUGCGGCGUCACGGAUACUGUGUUGGACAAGAUUGCGAACCGCGGAAAGGCCCCGAUUAAUCUUCUUGCUUUACUCGAUAUGCAGGACUUUCAGAGAUUUCAGAAGUCUCUGACGACCCGGCCGACAGGAUGGUACGUUGUCUGGAUAAUCAGCCAAUUUGUUGUGAGCACCAGCUUUGGGAUGGCAUUCAUGGUUUCGUUCAACACCCCUACGGUUGGCUUGGGCUGCCGGUCGCUCAUGUAUGUCAUCUGGUACGCGCUCACUCUUCCUUCGUGGAUCCUGCUUGGUAUACAGCAGGAACCGUGGGUCAAGAUCCGCAAGGCUAUGAUGGUGCCCAACGCUCUCGCCGUGGUCAUGAUCGCGGGGGUAAUGAUAGUGCACGCCAUCGGCGGGUUGAAUAAUUGCACAUGCAAGUCAAGCGUCUUCGGCCCGUCGAGCUACGGAGGCUACAUGGAUUUUGAGAACGGGCAGUUCUACCAGGAGCAUUAUGACGUGCGUGUCUGGUGGGGAAUAGGCACUGGUGUGGGUGGUGCGGUUCUUGUUCUGUCGCUUGCUUGGCUCGCUUGGAAAUGGCACAAAGCAUCAGGGCUUUGGAAGGUGACCGGGGAUACGAAGUUGACGGUUAGCGAAGAUAUGCCCUUGCAGUGGCUGACGUGA